AUGGAAGACGGCAUCGUUUGUUUCACAGCAAUGGCGAGCGAUCCUCAAUUUCCCUUAUCUUUAUUCCCUACCUUCCUCAGUGUUUUCUCAGACGUAAUUGAACCAUCAUGGGGAAACCGGAUCCAGCAUCCACGUAUCCGGUGACGGAUCCCUCUUCUGCCGACAGUGUCAACAAACGACGAACGUCUUUGGAUCAAAAUGUCGACCAACAAAUCGCCGCCAUUCUCGUGGUGGGCUUCCACCAUGCUUACGGUCCUAUUGUUGAGUUUUGCGUCCCGCCUUUACCCAGUCAACAUCAGAAUACGGCAAUGGCAGCGGCAGCGGAGGCGGAUACAACGAAACGUCAAGGGACUUUGGAGAAAUUAGAAUUACCUGAAGAAUGGAGUAUUCUGCCGUUUCUGGCCCUCCCAGACGGAGCGCAUCAGAAGGACGAGGACUUUGCUUACUUUCAUUUACCGCCUGUACCGGGAUGGUCGGUGGCAGAGACGACUUUAUUCGGCAUAUCAUGCAAUCGUCAAAUUGCCACCAAGGAUUUACUAGUUAAAACACCGGAUAUCACUCGUUCUAUUGUGCAAAAAGCCGUUGUUGUGCUUGCUCGUCAGCCAGUUUUCGGUCCACUACGGCAAAAGCUGGCUGUGAUUACGGCGGCAUGGUUCAAUCAAAAAGACUUUACUCAAAUCGGCAUCCUCUAUAACUUGUAUAAUAACCUCAAUACUAAAUUUUGCGGUCCAAUUGAUGACCCCACGUUGUAUAUGGGUACUUCCUUGAGAGAAUUACUGUUCAAAUUCAAGUCAAAAACUUUGAUAUUAUUAAAGCUUCUGUUGCUGGAAAGGAAGAUUCUGUUUUAUGGAUAUCCUGUUGAGCGAUUAUGUACAUUCCAGUAUUCACUGAUCUCGUUGAUCCCAGGCUUAAUGAGAUCUUUACGUGAUUCGGGUGCGCCCCAUCUCGAAAGUUCGAUCGCGUCCUUAAAAAAGACCGAGGCCAGGGAACUGACGAGUGGAAGAAAAGACAGCUUAUUGCGAUACAUGGGAUUACCGCUUCGUUUGUUUGAAAAGGGAUCAUUUUUUCAACCGUACCUGCCUUUGCAACAAAUUGAUAUGCUGAGCUCCAAGGAAACCAAGUCUUACUUGGUAGGCACAACAAACCAGAUAUUCUUUCAUCACAAGAGCGACGUGGAUUUCGAUGUUCUUGUCAAUGUGGAAAAUGGCACCAUUGAAUACUAUAAUCAACGUCUUUCAUCCAUUGUCAGUCCUACCAUGGCAGAUCGUCGUUGGACGGAAAAAAUCCUUCGAGUACUGAAUGACACCUGGGAUCAAAAUGAUCCAAGUCGACCAAUGCAAAAUACAUACCUUGGAUCGGAUGAUUAUUUGCGAGCUUGCUUCGAGGAAUAUGUAUUGUCCCUUUUAUCGAGCAUGAAACACGCGCAAGAUUCGAAUCUGUUGCCCACCUCGGAGCAACAUGAUACCAUAUCAGAGGACUUUAUGCGAGGAGAAGACAAAGAGCGCAACUACCUGAAUGAUUAUGGUAUCAUCUGGUUAAUGGCAUGGCGAGAAACGCAAAACUUUAAACUGUGGGAUCGCUACACGGAUCACGAAAUUUACGAAAUUGUCGAACCUGGACAUCCUGGCAUGGGCAACCUGUCAUUGAUGGAUAUUCAGAACACAAUAUCAAAUCGGUUGCAGGAUUUCCAGUUGCGCCAGAACCUGGCCCCACUGCGUCACACAUUAAGUAAAGCUAUGUCUGGAGGAGUGAAAGCCGUGUCCACGGGACGGUCACGAUUAAUGCGAGGUGUGGAUGCUUUAUUCAACGAAUUCGAACGAAACGUGCAUGACGAGCCGCAUUCGUCACGAUCAUCUGAUUCUCCUCAGUCGGAAGCAGGUCCUUCAAAGUCCAAGGCAGCGUAUGCGACGGAUGCUCGGGCAGAACAAUCUUUUGGGUCUCCCACGGCUGAAACAACGACACAGCAGGCUGGUCGCUUGUUUUCCAACUUUUCUUCAUUUUUGAGCCGAAAGGGAAAAGAAAUAUCACAAGCUAUGGAAGAAGCAUCCAUCUCGUCCUCGCCGAAAGACGCCCCAUCAGUCAAAAGAGAAGGCAGCAGAAAAAAGGAACCAUCGCACGUAUCAGACAACAUGACAGAGGAUGAUAACGGUUCUGCUUUCGUAGAUGUGGGCGCCAUGUAUUCUUUUCCACCAUCCGGUCCAUUUGCGACGCCAGCAACCACAGGGAAGAAAAGGGACGCGAAUGAGGAUGUGAAUGCAAAAGCUCCCGCUGAUACUCAAGAGCAUGAGGAACAGCAUAUAAAAGAGAAUCAAGUGAUAGAUAUCUAAACUCAUAACAUGACCCGUUACCAAUAUUAAUUUAAGCACUUUUUGA